AUGGCCUCUUCCAAGUACAAAGUAAAAACCAAGAAAAUGACAAAUAAAAGCCGGAAAAAGAUAAUUGAGUAUAACAAUCUCAUUGACAAAGAUAAUAUAUUUCCAUACACGAACCUGAUCAACACAAGCAAUGGCCACUUUGACUCACAUUGUUCUUGUUUUUACCAUAUUUGCGGUGGUGCUUCUUCCAUUGACCACUAUGGCACCGAAUACGCGGUGGGAGAUGCUAGUGGUUGGACCAUAAAUUAUGACUACAAAGCGUGGGUUAAAGAUAAAGUGUUCUACGUUGGUGACAAACUAGUGUUCAAGUACCCAGUAAAUGUACACAAUGUGUACAAAGUGAAUGCUAGUUCCUUUGCUACUUGCACUAUUUCACCACCUGGCACCGGCCUUACAUCUGGAAACGACGUUGUGACCUUGAUGACACCCGGCAAGAAGUGGUACAUUUGUGGUGUGGAAGAACAUUGUGCUGACUUUAACCAGAAGUUAGUGAUCGAUGUCCAAUCAAUGAAUCCAGCACCCGCACCAAGCACUGGAACCAAGUAUGGCUCUAAGACUUUCAUGCCAAUGGUCAUCUUUAUUUUGGCAACGAUAGUCAUGGUUUGA